AUGUGGAUUGAACUUAAAACCCGUCCGAGAGAAAUCGAUCAAAUGAUAUCAGUCGAAAUCCCGGAUCCAUCAAUCGACCCGGAAUCGCUUGACAUUGUCACCAGCCGCGUGAUCCGCGGACCGUGCGGCGCUUUUAACGUGACAUCGCCAUGCGCAUCGGAGAACGGAAAACGUAAGAAACGGUUUCAAGAGAAAUAUGCCGAUGGUACUAUUGCGGAUGUCGACGGUCAUCCGUUGUAUCGCCGAAGAAAUCCAGUGAAUGUCGAAUUCUACAAAUUUUGA